GUGCGGCGGAAAGUAAGAGGCUCGUUGCGGGAAGACUGGCCGGAUCCGGGUCCCCGGGACUCUGCGUUGGCCAAGCGCACCGAAAGACGCGGUGCUGGGCGAUCCUGCACCCAUCCCCGCCGCCUUCGCUGCGUCCGCUCUGCCUCCCAAGAAAGGAUGGGACUUCUGUGGUGUGUAAUGAGUCUCUACUUCUAUGGGAUCCUGCAAAGUGAUGCCUCAGAACGCUGUGAUGACUGGGGACUAGAUACCAUGAGGCAGAUCCAAGUGUAUGAAGAUGAGCCAGCUCGUAUCAAGUGCCCACUCUUUGAACACUUCUUGAAAUAUAACUACAGUACAGCCCAUUCAGCAGGCCUUACUCUGAUCUGGUAUUGGACAAGGCAGGACCGGGACCUUGAGGAGCCGAUUAACUUCCGCCUCCCUGAGAACCGCAUUAGUAAGGAGAAAGAUGUGCUCUGGUUCCGGCCCACACUCCUCAAUGACACAGGCAACUAUACCUGCAUGUUAAGGAACACUACAUAUUGCAGCAAAGUUGCAUUUCCUCUGGAAGUGGUUCAAAAAGAUAGCUGCUUCAAUUCUCCCAUGAAACUUCCAGUGCAUAGAUUAUAUUUAGAAUAUGGUAUUCAGAAGAUCACUUGUCCAAACAUAGAUGGAUUUUUUCCUUCUAGUGUCAAGCCAACCAUCACUUGGUAUAUGGGCUGUUAUAAAGUACACAACUUUAAUAAUGUAAUACCCGAAGGCAUGAACUUGAGUUUUAUCAUAGCCAUGGUUUCAAAUAAUGGAGAUUACACAUGUGUUGUUACAUAUCCAGAAAAUGGACGUACCUUCCAUCUCACCAGGACUCAGACUGUAAAGGUGGUAGGCUCUCCAAACGAUGCAUUGCCUCCCCAUUUCUAUUCACCCACUGAUCUUGUGGUCUACGAGAAAGAACCGGGAGAGGAGCUACUCAUCCCCUGUAAAGUCUUUUUUACUUUCCUGAAGGACUCUCGCAAUGAGGUUUGGUGGACCAUUGAUGGAAAAAAGCCAGAGGACACCACUAUUGACGUAGCUGUUAAUGAAAGUGUAACUCUGAGUAUGACAGAAGACGAGACAAGGACUCAGCUUCUGAGCAUCAAGAAAGUUACUGCUGAGGAUCUCAAGCGCAACUAUGUCUGUCAUGCCAGAAAUGCCAAAGGGGAGGUUGACAAACCAGCCAAGGUGAAACAGAAAGCUCCAAGGUACACAGUGGAACUGGCGUGUGGUUUUGGAGCCACAGUCCUACUGGUGGUGAUUCUUAUUGUUGUUUACCAUGUUUACUGGCUAGAGAUGGUCCUAUUUUACCGGGCUCAUUUUGGAACGGAUGAAACCAUUUUAGAUGGGAAGGAAUAUGAUAUUUAUGUAUCCUAUGCAAGGAAUGCUGAAGAAGAAGAAUUUGUACUACUGACCCUCCGUGGAGUCUUGGAGAAUGAAUUUGGAUACAAGCUGUGCAUCUUUGACCGAGACAGUCUGCCUGGGGGAAUUGUCACAGAUGAGACCUUGAGCUUCAUUCAGAAAAGCAGACGCCUCCUGGUUGUCCUAAGCCCCAACUACGUGCUCCAGGGAACCCAAGCCCUCCUGGAGCUCAAGGCUGGCCUAGAAAACAUGGCCUCUCGGGGCAAUAUCAACGUCAUUUUAGUACAGUACAAAGCUGUGAAGGAGACGAAGGUGAAAGAGCUGAAGAGGGCUAAGACGGUGCUCACGGUCAUUAAAUGGAAAGGGGAGAAAUCCAAGUAUCCGCAGGGCAGAUUUUGGAAGCAGCUGCAGGUGGCCAUGCCAGUGAAGAAAAUUUCCAGGUGGUCUAGAAGUGGCGAGCAGGGUCUCUCCUAUUCAUCCUUGAAAAAUGUAUGAAAGGGCCAAUGAAAGGGGUAAAAAGAUCCAAGGGUACUCCAGGAAGGAAGAAUCCCCCCUUCUUUAUUCCCAAUUUAUUGCUUCAUGGACAGAAAAAAAUUCUAUGGAAGCCUCCCCAUAGAGAUAAAUUCAGGGUGACUGUAGAAAGAGCUGUUCUGCUUCCUCAGGCAAUAGUAAGGCUUAGAAUGCUAGUGCCACCGCCGGGCACCAGCGUCUGAUGUCACUAUGUUCUUUGCAGACAAAGACCUGGUUGAUGCGAAUUUCCCCUUCUGCAUCCUCCAUCCCUGCUCCUACUCAUCUCUAUCCUCUCUCUCUCUCUCUCUCUUUUGAAAUAAUCUUAACAUGAUGGGGCAGCCUUUGCUGUGGAUUUAAAGACCCCUUAAAGAUGAGUCAUCUGUUAACAGAGUCAUUAUGAGUUUCCAAGUAUAGUUUUCUUUUUCUUUUAUUUUUACUCAUCCAUUAAAAAGAUAAUCAGGGCCUAAAUUUAUUUUAGCUAAGGAUAAAAACUCUUUUGCUUAUUCAGCUGUAUCAGACACCCUCAUAGCAAGACUGACACCACUUAGGAUGAUACAAAACAGAGUAACUGAAAAUGUUCCUUAGACAAUAAUUGGUUUAAAGGGCUUGCCUGAAUUGUCUCCUACUAUGCAACCCAUGUCCUCUAUCUCAGGUAAUUGAUAUCAUAUUUGUCAACUUGAAAAAUGUAUAGUAAUUUUUAUUAAACUCCCGAUUAUCUGUAGGUUGACCCAUAUUUAUCAUUCCAUCUCCCUACCUACUGCAUCUUGUGUCAGUCGUUGGGAGUUUGCAGGUGGUUCCUCACUUGGUUCAGUCGGAUAGGAAGCUUCUUUUAAUGGUGCUAAUAUCAAGUAAAAUAACAGCAAAAAGCUUUUAGGGCAUUUUCUGUCUUAUGAGAAAAGCACAGAACAGGGUGUUUGUCAAGUUGUCUUUUAAUCUCAACCUUGCUAAUGUGAAUAUUAGGAAAGUAAUUUCUCAUUUGUUUCUGUCUCCCCAUUGUAAAGUGUGAAAUUUAGACUUAGUGACCUUGAGAGUGCUUUUAGCAUGAAUAUUCUAAGAGCAUUAACUGGACCCCAAGCAUUUUUCAUAUUUUAUUCAC